AUGCAGGGGAAUCUCGGCAUCAGACUUGAAGCUGUGUCUGUGUCUGGGACGACAUUAGGAGGGGACAGCUUCAUACAGCUCUGGGGCAUUAGGACGAGUUGGGUGAACGCCAUCUUUGGGCCGUUGUGGGCCCUUAAUCUAGAAUGUCUGCAGCCGGGGUUGCAAUCACAUGGUUUGUCGAAGCCCACGUGUCCAGGCCACCUCAGGGAUUAG